AUGGAGCAAAGAAAAUCAUUUUCUGCAGCCAUUAGUUGUGAAAAAUGUGGGAUAACGUUUAAAGAAAGGAAAAAUUUAAAUGCUCACUGUAGAAAUUUCCAUCCAGAGCAAAAUUACCUCAUCAAGAGCAAUCAAAUUUGUGGACUAUGUAGUGGGGCUUUUAGGACGAUAGUUAAAUUGCAAGAGCAUAUGCAGAGUCAACAUUCCAUAAAUCUCAACUACAUCAAUGAGACUUUUUACUCAGCUCAAGAUUUUCUGAACUGGAAAGUGAGAAUUGAGAAAGAAAGCCAGUCGUCCUAUAUACUUCGAAACUCCUCUGAAAAAAAAGAUGUAGGAAAAAAAUUAUCUUAUUACAUCUGCCAUCGCAGUGGCUGCUUUAAGCCAAAGGGAGGAAAAAUUCGCCAACUCAAAGCGUCGGGUUCGAACAAAUCUGGUUUCACUUGCCCUGCAGUUAUAAAAGUAUGUACAGAAACUAUCUAUGGGAUUUCUGAAAUAAAGGUUUUGUACCAAUCUGUUCAUGUCGGACAUGAAAUGGAGGUUGGAAGAUUGCGCUUGACAGAAGAAGAAAGGACAGAUAUUGCUGCAAAUCUUCAUCUCGGAAUACCCAUGACAAAAAUACUAGAUGAAACAAGACGUAACUUUUCUCCAAAAAAUCGUCUCAGUUUGACAACCAGGAAAGAUUUAUGUAACAUAAAGAGUGGCUUUAAAAUUCAAGAGGAAACAGUUAUGCAUCAAGAUGAUACUACAUCCAUCGACAUACUAGUUAAAAAAUUAAAAAACGACGAGAAAAAUCCGGUGCUUAUUUAUAAGCCAGUUGGAGAAAUUUUACAAGAUUAUCCUUCUGUACGUCAAAACGAUUUUUUAUUUGGACUAAUGAAUGAUGCCCAAGAAAAAUUGCUUGAAAUAUACGAGAGUGCAUGCAUUAUGAUUGACUCGACCCAUGGAACAAAUCAAUAUGGGUUCGAGUUAACAACGGUAAUGGUGCACGACGAAAAUCAUGAAGGUUUGCCAGUUGCUGUAUUUUUUUCUUCGAGAACCGCAAGCGACAUUCUUUUGCCUUUCUUUGAUAGCAUUAAAAAACGCAUCCCAAAUUUAACAACUAAAGUUUUAAUGAGUGAUGACACCAAUUCAUUUUUAAAUGCUUGGGAAUCCAUUUUUAAUUCUAAACCUUUACAUCUGCUAUGUAUUUGGCAUGUCAAUAGAAACAUUAAUCGUAAUAUAAAUUCAAAAGUGAAAACUUGUAAUAGGGAAAAUAUUAAAAAACAAAUGAAUGAUAUUGUAACAGAAUUAGAUACAACAACUUUUAAUUCUUUGAUCGAAAAAUUUAAAGAAGAAGAAAGUUCUUUUGUUCAGUACUUCGAAACAACCUACAAAAAAAGACCAGAAAAGUGGGCCUACUGCUAUAGAAAAGGAUUAGGUAUAAAUACAAAUAUGAAAUUAGAAAGGUGGCACCGCCAGAUAAAGUAUGAAGAAAGUGGAGGAAUUGUUAUGAAAAGGUUAGAUAAAUCAAUCGCAGUUAUUACGAAUGCCAUCGCUAAGAAACUCCUGGCAAGAGUUAUAUCAAUAGAAAGAGAUGUGGAAGAAAAAAUCAAAGCCAUAAAAGCAAGUUUUCAAGUAGCCACUGCUUCGACUAGUAGUUCUCAGAAAGAAAAGGAAAUGUUAAAAUCCUUGAGAGACUAA